AUGUGGGAUUCAUCGGUGUUUCUCAGCACACUGACCCCAAAAUUUUAUGUUGCUCUUACCGGCACGUCUAGUCUCAUUUCCGGGCUGAUUCUCAUAUUCGAAUGGUGGUACUUCCGGAAGUACGGAACAUCGUUCAUUGAGCAAGUCUCCAUCAAUCACAUCAGCCCGUGGAUCAGCGGAAACGAUAAUGGCACCGAUUCCACGACACCCGCUACCGUCAACAGUGGCGGUGGCGGUAGCAGUGGAAACACACAGAGCAUGCCCGAAUGUAAAGUAUGGCGUAAUCCGUUGAAUCUGUUCCGUGGUGCUGAAUACCAGCGGUUUUACUGGCGGACACAAAAAGAGCCGCUUACUUUCUACGACAUGAAUUUGUCCGCACAGGACCACCAGACUUUCUUUACCUGCGAGGGAGACGCAGGAAAAGCGGAGUACGAGAUCAUGCAAACCGCCUGGCGAGAGCGCAAUCCGGUGGUGCGGAUCAAGGCAGCGAAAAGCGCGCUAGAACUUAAUCCGGAUUGCGCCCCGGCGUACAUUCUGCUUGCGGAGGAAGAAGCUACCACGAUCCUGGAAGCGGAGAAGAUCCUUCGCACGGCCCUGAAGGUGGCAGAAGGAAACUACAAACGAUCACAAACCUUCCAGCACCAAGGUGCAGUGGCCGAAGGCAUUCAUCGGCGCGAUACGAACGUGUUAAUCUACAUCAAGCGCCGGUUAGCCAUGUGCGCCCGUAAGCUGGGCAAGCUCAAGGAGGCGGUCAAGAUGUUUCGCGAUCUUACCAAGGAAAUCCCUCCGAUCAUGAACGUGCUCAACAUCCACGAAAACCUGCUCGAGGCGCUGCUAGAGAUGCAAGCGUACGCCGAUUGCCAGGCAGUGCUGGCCAAGUACGACGACAUCUCGUUGCCGAAAUCCGCUACCAUCUGCUACACGGCGGCGCUGCUGAAAGCGCGCGUUGUCGCGGAAAAAUUCUCACCCGACGUCGCGUCCAAACGAGGCCUAAGUCCGGCUGAGAUGAGCGCGGUCGAGGCGAUCCAUCGGGCGGUCGAAUUCAACCCGCACGUACCGAAGUAUUUGCUCGAGAUGAAGCAACUCAUUCUGCCACCGGAGCACAUCCUCAAGCGGGGUGAUUCGGAGGCACUGGCAUACGCGUUCUUCCAUCUCAGCCACUGGAAGAACGUCGAAGGUGCGCUAAAUCUGCUCCACUGCACCUGGGAGGGCACGUUUCGCAUGCUGCCAUACCCGCUGGAACGCGGCCACUUGUUCUAUCCAUACCCCACGUGCACGGAGUGUGCCGAUCGCGAGCUUCUGCCAUCCUUCCACGAGGUGUCCGUCUACCCGAAGAAGGAGCUUCCGUUCUUCAUCCUCUUCACGGCUGGACUGUGCUCCAUCACGGCUCUGUUGGCGUUGCUCACGCACCAGUACCCGGAGUCGAUGGGUAUCUUUGCCAGCACCACGCUGAGCUGGUUUUCGCUGCCCUUCCACUUCGUAAAGGAGCGCAUCGAGGCGAUUUGGCCGUGCAACCUGCUGCAACAGCUAUCGCGCAUUUAA